AUGGAAUGUCGUUUAGUAUUAAAUAACUGCUCAGAAUUUGAUAUUCCGAAUAGCGAUUUACUCGGCCGGCUACAGCAACAGCUGAAAUAUUAUAAAUUUCGUCGCGUUCAAACGAAAGCUGGAAAAUCGUUGUUUUAUCUUUUUUUCCGAAAAGAAGAAGAAACAUAUUAUGCAUUACGAGCAGGAAAGAACAUUAAAGAUAUAUCGUUGGUACGUUACCGUCACCAUAGUGUGAUUCCUGCACCUUUACAUCGUCCCGACGAGAUUUCGCCCGCUGAAUCAUAUUAUCGGCCAAUGCCUUCACGUCGUGUUGUUGAUGCAGUUAGGUAUAAUUUCAGCAGAUACAUAGAAAAAUUUUCAGACAAAAAUAUUUUCCAACUAUUUGUUAAACGUCUAUCGGAACAGAUAGUUGCUCAAAGAAUUCAAAUAACAGAAGUGUACGAACGCAACUGCAAGGUUAACCACUGGUGGUGGCUAAAUCCGGAUUAUAAUAUAAACAAUCCUCAAAAUGUGCAAAAAUUGCUAGACAUUUAUUUUGUGUGA